UUGGCGGGAGUAACUAUGACUCUCUAACAUCUUCAGACCCUGGUGCCUAGUGCUUUGCCUGCGGCUUCGGCUGUUGGUAUAUGCUACCGGUAUAAUGAGUGGUCCCUUGAGGAUCACCGCCUUGGCUGGAAGGUGUGGGAGGAAUGGUUACAUGUCCUGGACGCCUCCACGUGGCGACCGCUGGUUAGGAGCUGGCGUGCCGCUUCGAGUUUUCAUAUGCUUCCUUACGCUCUUAAGGCUUUGGCUAGGUCCGUCAGACCGUACCCAUUGCCGCCUUGUGCCUGCAUGUGUGCAUACGCCUGGCUCAUUUCUGCCCUGGUGGGGUAGGGGUCAGGUGUGUGGCAUGUGUUGCACUUGUCUCUUGGUUCGAAUGCUAUGCGUGACAACCCAUGUGCGCUUCACCUGGUUCGUUGCUGCAGGCUGCGUUCCGGGGGUUGCGUAUGUGUCGGGCCUGUGUCUGCAUAUGUUCAUGCGCCUGGACCUGAAUCUGCCUUGGCGGGUCUGGGCCGGGUGUGUGUGCAUUUGUGGGUGCAUUGACCUUGGUUGAAACGCGCGGUCGUCGAUCGUGUCGUUGAGACUAUUAGCGCUGAGGUGCUGUGGAUUCUUGGAGUUGGUGUGCUUUGCUCUGAGCUAAGAGCCAGGACACCUCAUGUUGGGCCAACCCCCCUGCAUGAGUGUAUUGUGGGUUACAAAGCCAAAAAGUAAGUUACCUAUAAACAGUGCCUCGAGCACUGUAUCCACCCACAGUUUGAAUCCGGAGAGGGUGGGAGAUGAUGACUUGGAGAGGGAGAAUGUGGAAAGCGUGGUUAGUGGAGAAUGUGUAUGUCUGUUGUGCGGUGCUUCUUUUCGUAGUAAGCGGGGCCUUGCGCAGCACAAGCGGCAUAGGCACCCUGUUGAGCUCAAUGAGGAACGCUUGAUGGAUGUACCCAGAAGAAAGGGGGAGUGGACUCAGAGUGAGUGUAAGGUAGCUUUGGAACAAGCAGAGUUUUGGUUUAAUCAAGGAAUGGAAAAACAGCAGGUGUAUGUGAAGUUAGAGUCGGCCCUCCCUGGGCGUACAGCUGAGGGUAUCAAGAAGCAACUGCGAAAGCUCGGUUGGCAACUUACACAGUAUCGGAAGAAAGGCAACAGGCCUGAGGAUGAUGGUGGUAAGAUGAAGAGAGGGGUGCGGAAGGCGAAGGUAUUACCUGAGCCGACUGCCGGGUCUGUCCAGCGUGAUGUCCCGUCCCUCUGUUUGUGGGAUUCUCCUCCUGCUGAGCAGCAGGUGGAUCUGGAGUUGGUGGAUAUGGAUGGUGGUAUUUUUGAUGAGCUUGUUGGGCCGGAAAUCCCUGGAGGAGUUGGCCCCUCGAAUGAAGAGGUAGUGGAUUUGGUGCCACCUUCGCCGGAGAAGCCUCUGCUUAGUGGGAGGCAGAAAGAGUGGUUUGAACUGAUGCUGGAUACCGUUAUACGAGGGCUUGUGGCUAGUACGGAUUCGUGGUUGCGUCCUGAUCUUCUGCUGGAUAUUGCUUUGAACCUCAGGGCUGGGCUGGUUGACUUUCGGGAAGCCCAGUCCCGCUUUGAGGCUAUUAUGCGGGAUUGGUUUCCUUGUAGGUGGAAGCGUAGAGAGAGGAAAGCGGCAAAGCCGACAGUGGGGCAGAGGCGUAUUAGAAAGGUUACUUAUGCAAAGAUCCAAUCACUGUUCCGGAAGAAGAUUAAAGAUGCUGCGAAAUGUGUGCUAGAUGGUACGUGGAGAGAGGUCUAUAAAUCGGAUGGGGGUCUGAUUGAGGGGGGUCUAGAGUACUGGAGGAACAUCAUCCAGACUCAAGGUAAAAGCGAUUGCAGACCCGUGGAGCAGUGUGAGGAGAAUUACGGUCUCAUACGGCCGGUUAGUGUGGAAGAGAUAGGUGAAGUGCUCCGGAAGAAUGGUAACACAGCUCCUGGGCCGGAUGGUGUCACUGUUAGUAUGCUCCGGCGUGCUAAUCACAAGGUGUUAGCUCAGGUUUUUAAUCUGAUGCUCUUGCUUGAGGCGCCAGCAAGUGCGGUAACGUUAGCCAGAAUCUCUCUGAUCCCAAAGUGUGUGUGUCCGCAGAGUCCUGGGGAGUAUCGGCCGUUGGCGGUGGCUUCAGUGGUUAUCAGAACGCUACACAAGAUACUUGCCAUACGUUGGAGGUCUCACUUGAGAUUGACAUCACUUCAGGUGGCAUUUCAGAAACGAGACGGCUGUCUGGAGGCGACAUAUGCGCUGCACUCCCUGUUGCGUACUGUGCAUGGUCAGGUCGCUAAUGCUGCGGUUGCAUUCUUGGAUGUAGCUAAGGCGUUCGAUACGGUCUCUCAUGAUACAGUGCUUCGGGUGGCGCAGUUGCAUGGAGCCCCAGCGCCAAUGCUUAGCUAUCUCAGGAAGUUGUACGUUGAAUCAGAGGUGUUGCUGGAGGGUGAGAGGAUUCGGUGUGGUAGGGGUGUAAGGCAGGGAGACCCCCUGUCUCCACUUCUCUUUAUUAUGGUGAUGGACGAGGUGCUCUCGGGUUCAGGCAUUGGGCUUGGGGAGUCUGCAGCGGUGGGCAAACCGGUUGGGGCGCUUGCUUAUGCGGAUGACCUGGUCUUAGUCACCGAUACUGCUGCUGAUUUGCACGCUAGGCUGAAAGUCCUAGAAAUGGGGCUGGAGGCCUCUGGUAUGUUGCUGAAUACGUCUAAGUGCCGAACGUUGACCAUCAGGAAGUUGGGCAAGCAGAAGGUGGCGGUGCUUGAACCUAGGGAGUACCAAGUCGGGGGAGGGGUUAUUCCAGCUAUGACGGUUGAUGAAGAGGUGCGCUACUUAGGCCUCCCUUUCACUUGGAAGGGUAGGUCUUCGCUUAAAAGUACGCGUAGGUUGGAGGGUAUGAUUUCCGAGAUUAGCAAGGCACCACUGAAGCCCCAGCAGCGGCUGAGAAUCCUCUGCGACUUUGCGUUGACUAAACUUCAAUACGAGCUGAUAGUGGGCAAUGCCCAUCGUAACACGCUUAAGAAGCUCGACAGAAUGGUGAGGGAGGCGAUCCGAAGAUGGCUGCGGUUGCCCAAGGAUGUAUCCUUGGCCUUCCUAUAUGUGGGCUCGGCCGAAGGCGGGUUAGGUGUACCGAACCUUGGUAUCACGGUGCCCCUGGCACAGAGAGCUAAGUUCAGUAGACUUCUCUCCUCUCCUGAGGAGUGGAUACGUAGCUUGGUUCACCACGAAACUGUCCAGAAGGAUAUGAGGGUGGCCAACCUACCCAUUAGGGUAGGUGGGCAGGAGAUAAGCUCCAAGAAGGAAGGUAGGGAUUAUUGGCUGAAGAGAUAUACCGAAAUGCAUGACUUGCAGGGCACUUGCCCUUGGUUGGUUGAUAAAGCUAGUUAUAAUUGGGUGCGGAGACCUGAGGGUGUAUUCCCCAGGCUCUACAUUAGGGGGUUAAAGUUGCGUGCAGGUGUCUUACCUUCUAAGGUUAGGUCGAGUCGAGGUGGCUCGCGUAAGGGUAGGGAGCUUCUGUGUCGGGGACACUGUGGGCACCAUGAGUCGGUCGCCCAUAUCCUACAGAAGUGUGCAAUCACCCAUGACGCCCGUUGUGCUCGUCAUAAUAGGGUAGUCAAAAGGGUCGCCGCCAUAGCGCGUAAGAAAGGGUAUCAAGCCUGGGUCGAGCCUGUUAUAGCGAAGGCAGAUAGCUUCUGUAAGCCUGAUUUGGUUAUCGCCUCCCCUAAUCAGGUGAGGCUGGUUGACGUUGCCGUAACUACUGGUGAUAGGAUGGAGGCCAUGUGGGUGGAGAAAGUCCGUAAAUACGACCACCCAGAAGUGAACGAUGGAGUGCUUCGCCUAUCUCUUCCCGAUGCGCCGAUGAAGCCCGCUGUUGUGCAUAUGCCGCUUAUCCUUACAGAACGUGGGUGCAUCUACAAGCGUUCCGCAAUUGGGCUCCGUAGGUUAGGUUUCACUGAUAGGGAUAUAUCGGACCUGUGCCUACUGACGGUGCAGGGUUCCCUAGCGUGCUAUGAUGUGUAUAUGAGGGGUACUGGAGGUAUAACGUAGGUAGGUUGUAUGUUUGGGUAUGUUUGUUUGUAUGUAUGUAUAGUAGGUUAGGUUUGUUGUUUGUAUGUUAUGUCUUUGGUAUGAAGCUAGUAUUAUUGAUGGUUCCACUAAUAAUCUCCCUUUUCCAGUUGCAGAUCCCACCUUAUGAAGCGGAGACCAGAAACCGUUCGCGGGGGGUGUCCGCCGAUGACUCUCCGGAUGAGAACACAAGCCGCGCUGCCCUUGGAAAGCCCGGUGCACAACUUCUUCUUUGGAUCUUCUCUUCAUUCAAUCUUCCUUUGGUUGGCCUGGAUCGCGCCGUGACCCAUGGUGAUGGAGAAAGCUUCCGGAACACCGUCGACCCACGCUAGGAGACCCCUGGCAAUACUGCCCGAAAGAUAGCAUUGGCCUAUUGGCCUUAAGACCUUUGGUCUUAUUGCCUUUGAGAAAUGAAGCUUCAUUUGAAGCCCGAAAGAUCGAACUGACGUCCUAUGGACGUAAUACCCGAAAGAUCCAGAUAAUGUCCUAUGGACAUAUUCCCGAAAGAUGAUUAUGAGCCAUGAGCUCCUGCAAAGAUAAGGGUUGUGAACCCUUAAGAUCCCGAAAGAUCCCAAAUAUACCCGAAAGAUCCCUAGGAUAUGGGCAAGCCAGUGGGUGCGUGGAAGUGCAGGUGAACAUGGAAUAGCCUGCAUGGAAGCGGGUCCCUGGGCCACGGUUGCGUGAACGGCCGUAUUAUUUCUUGCCCCUCUUUCUCUAUGUUUAUUGUUAUGGUUAGUAUCUAAUGUACCGAGGCAUUCCAAAAAUAUACUUUUACAAUAGAC